CGCGGCCAAUAGCGUUUGUUUUCAUCGGCUGUCAUGGCCUCCGCGGAAGGAGAGGUAGGCUUGAAUCCGCCCCAGGAUCCCGCUCCGCCGACGGGCUCCUUCGAAGAGCCGCUCGGGGAGGUCUUGAGAGGUUCUCUGCGUUCGCUGCCUCGGUUGAUUGGGCAGUUUAACCUAGAAGAAGAUGUGGUGAAAAUUAACAUAAACUGGGAGAAACUUCAAGGCAUGUCACUACCCCAGCCUAAAUUGAUCUUUACUGCUCUUCAGCAGCAUAUUUCCUCUUUACAGCUUUUUAUGGAAAAACUUCAGCCUUUGAUUAAAGAAGAAAAUACCACACCCAUUUAUAAUUUUAGUGAGACAGAACAUGGAAAUUUGGGAAGUAAUUCAGAUGUAAUAGAUAAAGACAUACAGAAGGAAAUGGAACAGACCGCCAGUGGCUCUGCAAAUGUGAAAGAAGCUCCUUUUGGUUUUGACCCAGAAGUAGUUCAGAUAAAAGCUGGGAAAGCUGAAAUUGAAAGACGAAUAUCGGCCUUCAUUGAAAGGAAACAAGCUGAGAUCAAUGAAAACAAUGUCAGAGAAUUUUGCAAUGUUAUGGAUUGUAAUCAAGAAAACAGCUGUGCUAGAACUGAUGCAGUGUUUACGCCUUAUCCAGGUUUCAAAAGUCAUGUGAAGGUUUCUCGAGUUAUAAAUACUUAUGGACCUCAGACUAGAAAUAAAGAUGCCCAGGUUUCCAACCAUAAUGCUAACACUCAUUCUCAUGAUUGUGGAAAUCAAGCAAUAGAAGAGAGACUACAGAACAUUGAAGCUCAUUUAAGGUUACAAACAGGUGGACCAGUGCCUAAAGAUAUUUAUCAGAGGAUAAAAAAGCUUGAAGAUAAAAUUCUUGAACUGGAAGGGAUGUCUCCUGAAUAUUUUCAGUCUGUGAAUUUGUCUACAAAAAAAAGAAAAAUUCAACAAAAUCAAAACUAUACUCUGGCUGAACUUGAUGAGAAGAUCAAUGCACUCAAACAAACAUUGCUAAGAAAAACAAAUGAAGGGAGGCCCAAAGUGGUAAAUCAGUUUCUUUGAUUAUGGCAAUGAGACUUCAUUAUGCUUUCAUGCAUAUUUAACCUUUUUAGACUGAGUACUCUUUAUCUAGCAUUUAUCGUGGAAGCUAAAUAUGCACAUGAAUUUAUCUAAUUCUUAUUUGAAACUUGGAUUAAGUAAAGUUUGUUACUUAUCUAGAUUGAAGAAUGAAGAAUGUUUUGGAAAUAGCAUUAUAAAUAUCUCCUUUCCAUUAAUGGAAAGGUGGAUCUGUGGAAUUUUUAAUAGAAAAAAAUAAAAUUUUGUUUUCAUGUUUUGUGUGUUACGUUGAUGGAACAAACAAAUUUCUGUUGAAAUAUAAUUCUGGCAAGGAGCAUUACUGAAAAUAUUACUUUAUGUCACAAAGCUACAAAAUAAAUAAAUAAAAAUAAAGACUUGUUGUAACUAUGAAAUGUUCAUGGUACCCUUAAAGAGAUGAGGAUUCUCCUGAUGGAGAGGAAGAAACCAUCUAUAAGAAAUUUCUUCAUUUGUUAAUACUAAUAGCCUAUUCUGUAAAAUUCAUACAUCAUUUUAAGAGAAGAAGUACUCACCAAGGUAAACUCAUCCCUCUCCAAUCAAGUGAUGCCAAUAGUCAUCCCAGCCAACGAUUGCUCACACUGACUGUGGCUUUUUGAAAUCUUAAGAUUAAGUGUUCUCAGUUUGUUGUGAGUAGAGUUUCUACAGGUAAAGUAUACACUUGUCUGGAAUUAUUAUUUUUAUUAGUUUAUGAUA